CCCGAACUGUUGUUUACAACGGAAUCCAGACCCGGGGGGUGGGAACACGGAGCGCCGGAGGAAGUGAUGCUCCGAGUCCCGGCACAGACCCCAUUCGGUUGCUGACAGACCUUUCCUUCUCCGGCGAGGGGGUCUCCUGUCUGGGGCUUCGCGGAGGCGCGAGGAUCUACUCCCCUGGCACGGAAAGUGAAUAAACUUAAUUGAGAAUGUCUGAAAACCCCGACAAGUCCAAUAUAAAUGAGUCAAAUGAUUCUGAGCAGAGCCUGGAUGGUGCUGUGGAACAUUCUGAUGAAGCUUUACAGAAAAAUAUAACAGUGGACUCUCCCAGUCCCCAGAGGGUGCAAAGACCUCACUCCAGUCCUCCUCGAUUUGUGACAGUGGAUGAACUUCUGGAGACAGCGAAAGGAGUCACCAACAUGGCUCUUGCCCAUGAGAUCGUGAUGAACGGGGACUUCCGGAUUAAGCCAGUGGAAUUGCCAGAGGACAGCUUGGAGAAGAGAGUGAAGGAGAUUGUACAUAAAGCUUUUUGGGACUGCCUGAGUGUCCAGCUAAGUGAAAACCCCCCGACCUAUGACCAUGCCAUCAAACUUGUGGGAGAGAUCAAAGAGACACUUUUAUCUUUCUUGCUGCCUGGUCACACUAGACUGAGAAACCAGAUAACAGAAGUCUUGGAUCUGGAUCUGAUAAAGCAGGAAGCAGAGAACGGAGCCCUAGACAUUUCUAAGCUGGCAGAAUUCAUCAUUGGCAUGAUGGGGACCCUGUGUGCACCUGCUCGCGAUGAGGAAGUUAAGAAACUAAAGGACAUUAAGGAAAUCGUGCCCCUCUUCAGGGCAAUGUUCGCUGUGCUGGACCUCAUGAAGGUGGACAUGGCCAACUUCGCUAUUAGCAGCAUCCGACCCCACCUCAUGCAGCAGUCGGUUGAGUACGAGAGGAAGAAGUUUCAGGAGCUGCUGGAGAAGCAGCCAAAUUCCCUGGACUUUGUCACCCAGUGGCUGGAAGAAGCCACUGCUGACCUCAUGACUCAGAGGUGCAGACUAGCCCUGCCCGAGGGGAAGGCUGCUGGCUCCAAGGAUGCCCUUGUGCCGAGCCCGGUGUCCGUCCAGAACUACGCCUACCUGAAGCUGCUGAAGUGGGACCACCUCCACAGACCUUUCCCCGAGACAGUGCUGAUGGACCAGCUGCGUUUCCAGGAGCUGCAGGGGCAGCUGGAGCAGCUGACCGUGCUGGGGGCCGUGCUGCUGGUCACGUUCAGCAUGGCGGGGGCUGGCGUCGCCAGCCAGGCCGACUUCGCCGAGAGACUCAAGAUGGUCCUGAAGGUCCUGCUGGCUGACAUGAACCUGCCCUCCUUCCGCCUGGACGAGGCCCUGAGCGCCGUCGGGGAGAGAGUGUGCCUGGAGCUGAGCGGCUGCCUGGCACGCUGCGGAGCCCCCGCCUUCUCCGCCGACAAGGAGGCCGUGCUCAAGGGCCGAAUCCGGGCCGUGGGUGGCCCCGACGACCCCGUCCGCAGGAUCAUGGAAUCCCGAGUCCUGACCUUUUUGGAAACCUACCUUGCCUCGGGUCACCAGAAGCCAAUGCCCACAGUGCCAGGGGGAUUGGGGCCAGUUCAGAAAGAGCUGGAGGAAGUUGCCGUCAAAUUCGUCCGCCUGGUCAACUACAACAAGAUGGUCUUCUGCCCCUACUACGACGCCAUCCUCAGCAAGCUCCUCCUCCGGUCCUAGACGCACGCCCCGGCCACAGCCUUGGUCCCUGGCCCACACCCUGGCUCCGCUCCGCCAGCGCUUCGGGGGAAUGGCUGAGUAGCUCGUUCUGUACAGCAGCACUCAUCCCAAGGGGCAGCACCUCGGGGGUCCCUGGUGGAAAAACUUGCUGGAGAAGGCGCUGAGUUGUAUUUUGAGAGAUUGUAUUUAUGAGUGCAAGUUUACAAAUCAAAGAAGUUUUUGUUACCUUGAAUUUUAUAAGUAACUCUCAGCUUUUUAGCAGUUGAUUGCUGUGUCUCCACUGUUACCCCACAGACUGCAGUGGCCGCGUCCUCCCGAGGAGGCCGGGACCCUGUCCUGCUGGCCAGGUGGCCUCCUGGCAGAUGGCCCAUGCUGACUGCCUCCAGGAGUACAGGAGGCCAAGCCCUGACUUCAUCUCUUGGCCCUCCCUUGCAGAGCCCCCACUCCUCUUCGCCACAGGCAGUUUGUGUUAGCUAGCAGGGCCGUAUUUAUCACCUUACACACACACACACACAACCGUUGCUUCAGCCAUGCCUGGCAAGGCCAGGGCCCUGGAGCCCUUUAGUUUCAGAGCAGAGUAGAUUCUAAAAAGCUUGUUCUUCUGUGCUGAGGAUGUAGGUGUUAAGUGCUUGCCUGGCAUGGGCAAGGCCCUCGGUUCAGUCCCGGCCACUUCCAAAAAGAAAAAUGAGCAAGAGAAAGAAACAGCAAAAGCUAUCCAAGCAGCACCGUGCAAUGCCUGCAGUGCUGUGGUCCCGCCUGCUUGGGAGGCUGAGGCAACAAGAUGAUUUGGGCCCAAGAGUUUAGAGACUGUGUCUAAAAGCAAAGCUUAUUCUUUUUUUACAGGAUUACUGUAACCGAACUGGACAAUAGCCGUUAAGUCUAUGAGAUCUAAAGAAAAGAAUUUCCUUUACUUGUUAGCCCAGAAAGUUAAGGUGGAGAUUUCGAAGAUAUGUAUUUAUGUAUAUACACACAUAUUUAUGUAUUUAUACAUAUAGUUUAGUGUAAUAAGAAAGAAAUGUCUGAGGUUUUUUAUUGAAAAAUUCACUCUGAGGUAGUACACAGAUGUGUUGAUUUUGAAUUCUGGAACUAGAUUAAAGUAUUUUUAGUUAAAAGAGCCCAAUCUCACUAAUCUAGACAAAGAAGUCUCAGAAUAAUCCCUGGUAACUGGGUAGGAAUUUUCAAGCGCACAGUGACCAGAAUUCCUGGCAUGCCCUGUGACUGCAAGUAAUUUGAGUCUCACAGAUGAUCAGCUUUAAAAAAUAAAUAAAUAAAAAGUGUA